AUGGCACUUAUCGCCAGACUUGGGCUCAAGUUCAUGGCCCUGGGCCAGAUAGCCAAUGUCUCUGAAUAUUAUAGGGUUGACCUCUUAGGAAGGUGGAGCAAAUUAAAAAUACAGUCUUUAAAGGAGCAGUCCCUGCUAGUUUUCCUGCCAGGGAAGAACAGAGAAACGAUCGACGGACUUUCCCUUAGUCUGUGCACGGAAGUCACCCUGCUGGGAUUCCAAGUUGAGCCAGGACUGGAGAUUUUCCUCUUUGGACUUUUCUCUCUGUUCUAUACCCUCACCCUGGUGUGAAAUGGAGUCAUCCUGGGCCUUGUCUGCUUAGAUCAUAGACUUCACACCCCCAUGUACUUCUUCCUCGCACACCUGGCCAUCAUAGACAUGUCCUAUGCUUCCAACAAUGUCCCCAAGAUGCUGGUAAACUUAACUUAUUUGUAUUUGGCUUUUGCUCACGCGGAGUGCCUGAUCUUGGUGGUGAUGUCCUAUGAUCGGUUCGUGGCCAUCUGCCAGCCCCUCCAUUACUCUGUCAUCAUGAACUGGAGGGUGUGCGUGGCCCUGGCCGCCUCUUCCUGGGUAUUCAGCUUCCUCUUGGCUCUGGUCCAUUUAGUGCUCAUCCUGAGACUGCCCUUCUGUGGGCCUUGUGAAAUCAACCACUUCUUCUGUGAGAUCCUGUCUGUCCUGGGGCUGGCCUGCGUGGACACCAGGCUCAACCAGGUUGUCAUCUUUGUUGCCUGUGUGUUUGUCUUAGUGGUGCCCCUCAGCGUGGUGCUUGUGUCCUACACAUGCAUCCUCUUUGCCAUCCUGAGGAUCCAGUCUGGGGAGGGCCACAGGAAGGCCUUCUCCACCUGCUCCUCCCACCUCUGUGUGGUCGGGCUCUUCUUUGGCAGCGCCAUCGUCAUGUACAUGGCGCCCAAAUCCCGCCACCCUGAGGAGCAGCAGAAGGUCCUGUCCCUGUUUUACAGUCUUUUCAACCCUAUGCUGAACCUACUGAUCUACAGCCUGAGGAACUCAGAGGAGGGAGCCCUGGGGAGAGCUCUGUGCAAGGAGAGGUUGGACCGGGAGGAGGGUGUCAAUGAGGGAAAAAGGACAGAUUCCGACAUGGCGGCGGAGUGA